ACGAGUUAAAUUAUUACUAAUGUACAUGUUUUAUUAGUAAGUAGUAUAGUUUUGACAAGAAAAAAAAAAAAACAGAAUCCACUCUGUCUUGUGUUUAAUUACAGUGAAGUUCUCUCCUCCUCGCUUUCAACGCCAUCCAAAAACCUCCAAGAAAGCUAAAUUAUUGAGAAAACAUAUCAACAUCAUCAAUUCAACCCCCAAAAACCUUCUCACUCUAUCUAAUUAUAGCUUCGAAUGGAUUCACUGAGGUUAUUGUCUAAGAACAUGAAGAUUGAAGGAAACCCUUUUGGUUCUUCUCACCAACGCAAUCAAAUUUUCCUCAAAUUCGUCGCUUUCUUCCUCUUGAUCGGUCUCGCUUACCGUUUCAUCGUCACUGAUUCCACCGUCUCUCCGGUUGCGCAAGUUCAAACCUCUCCGCUGGAUCCUUCCGGUCUCACUCCCAUAGCUCAAGCUCCAGCCUCCCUUGACUCCCCUGGAAACUUCACUACCACCACCAUUGCUUCUCAAAAUGUUACCAGCAAGUGUGAUAUCUUUACUGGGAAUUGGGUACCAAACCCAUCAGGCCCAGUCUACACCAAUGUCACUUGCCGUCAUAUCCAAGAUCACCAGAAUUGCUUGAGAAACGGACGCCCAGAUGUGAACUACCUUCUAUGGAGAUGGCAACCUCGCGACUGCGAUCUCCCGAGGUUUAAUCCUGAGCAAUUCCUCGACAAAAUGAGGAACAAAUGGUGGGCUUUUAUCGGUGAUUCCAUCUCUCGCAACCACGUUCAAUCCCUCAUCUGCAUCCUCUCUCAGGUAGAAGAAGUAGAGGAGAUCUACCAUGACAAGGAAUACAGAUCAAAGAUUUGGAGAUUCCCUUCUCACAACUUCACACUCUCUGUCAUUUGGUCUCCUUUCCUCCUAAAAGCUGAAACCUUUGAGAACGUCAAUGGAGUUUCUUUCUCAGACAUUCAACUCCACCUCGACACGUUAGACCAGAAAUGGACAGAUCAGUACAUCAACUUCGACUACGUUGUCAUCUCCGGUGGCAAAUGGUUCCUUAAAACAUCAAUCUUCCAUGAAAACAACACCGUAUCCGGAUGCCAUUACUGCCAAGGGAAGAACAAUCUGACAGAGCUCGGUUAUCUUUACUCGUACCGAAAAGCUCUACGUUUGGUUUUAGACUUUGUUGCUGAACCAACACAUAAAGCUCAGGUUCUGUUCAGAACAACAACACCUGACCAUUUCGAGAAUGGAGAGUGGAACACUGGUGGUUUCUGUAACAGAACAAUGCCGAUUACGGGCAGCGAAGGAGAGAUGAAGAACGAGGAUGUAUCAAUGCGUGAUAUCGAGCUCGAAGAGUUCCAUAAGACAUUACAAGAAAGUUCCAAUUCCUCCAAAAACAUUGGAUUACUUGACACAACUUCGAUGUCGCUUCUCCGGCCAGAUGGACAUCCAGGACCAUACCGGUACCCGAUUCCUUUCGAUGGGGUACAGAACAAUGAGGUGAAUCAUCAGAUUCAGAACGAUUGUCUUCACUGGUGCUUACCCGGUCCGAUUGAUUCAUGGAAUGAUCUAAUGGUGGAAGUGAUGCUUAACCAGGAACGUCACAGAUGACGGAAAGACGAGAAUAGCCUCGACGCCGUCACGUGUUAUCCUUGUUUUUUCUUGUACAAAAGCCCAUUUAUUUAUUGGACCUUAUUCAGUAUAUCCAAAUAGAAGCACUGUCGUUUUUGAUGUGGGAGUUAAAA